AUGAAUCAAAUACAAUUAUUACCCGAUGAUCACAUUGAAGAUCUUGACUAUGUGAAUCAGGAAGCAAGCAUCAUAUAUGACUAUGAAGAAAGCCAGAUCAUUGAUGAACCAGAGGUCAGUGUCAGCAGAUUGGAACCUUCUGAGAACAGUGUGCUUGACACUUAUGACAGUGACUACGAGGAGGGAGAGAGUGUCCAUGAAGAUUUGGAUUCUGGUGCCCCAAGUAUUCCUGGCCUUUUGGGCCCUGACGUGAAAGAAGGUCUUCCAACAUGCCUUCUGUGCACCUGCUUGGGUGGGUCUGUCUACUGUGAUGAUACAGAUAUCAAAAACAUACCUCCUCUUCCGAAGGACACCACCCACUUCUAUGCACGUUUCAACAAGAUCACCAACGUAAAGAAAGGAGAUUUCGAUGGGCUAAAUCACUUAAAGAGGAUUGACCUAACAGGAAAUAGGAUCUCUUCUAUUGAUGAGGAUGCUUUAAGGCAGCUGCCAGAACUGGUGGAUCUGAUGAUUGCUUCAAAUGAACUUGUACAGCUUCCAGAGCUUCCCAACACCAUGGUCAACAUUGAUGCAAGUUACAAUAAACUACACAGCAAUGGGAUAAAGAAAGAGGCAUUCAAAGAUAUGAAUAACCUCGCAUUUUUGUACCUGGCUGGCAAUGCACUGAGUUACGUCCCCCUUCCACUGCCUGAAAGUCUUCGCUCUCUUAACCUGCAGAACAAUAACGUUCAGCAAAUUGACGAUGACACUUUCUGCCAUUCCAAGGAUAUUUACUAUGUUCGCAAGGCUCUUGAGCUCAUUAGGCUGGAUGGAAAUCCAAUAAUCCUCAGCAAAACUCCUAAUGCCUAUAUUUGUCUCCCUCAAGUGCCCUACGGGAAAUAUUAACAAUCUGUAAUUCUGUCCACAAUGUGUGGAAACUCUUUUGACAGCAGGCAAAGGUCUUAAAGUUAUUGUGCUUGGGAUUUUCAAUGGCAAACCAGUCUUUUUUCAAGAAAUUUAUUAAAACAUAAUCAGGCCAACUUAAAAAUAAUUGCAAUCAAGAACACUGUUCAAAGUAAUUCUAUCUGAAGAGCUGGGCAAUAAGAGAGGGGGAAUGUUGUAAAUGUUUAAAGCUAAAUAAUUUUCAAGCCCAAUCUGUACUGAACAUGCACAAAAACAAUAAAUUUAAUGUGAUUGAUACACACUUGUUGCUCAUUAAGCAGUAAAUUCUAUCAUGGAUUUUUUUCAACUUUUUUCACUUUUUAAAUCUGACUCUAUUGAGCGAGAAAUUUAAUGUUUUCUUAAAUAUUUCUUUAAAGCAUUUUGCAUUAUUGUUAGUCCAGUGGACCCGAUCUUUUUCCAUCUGCCUUGUAACUUUUACUCAUAACUGUACUGCAGCACAAAUAAAUGGCUCAUUAAUAUUUUAUUUUAAAGGUCUCUUAAUAUUAAAGUAAAUGAAUCUUGUUACAUGCAAC